AUGGGAGAUUAAAACCUUGACAGGGAGCGAAAUGUAACCAGAGUCGGACGCUGAGAGGAGUGGUGCGCACUUGGUACUAUGUGUAACCGUCCGGCAAGGCACAUCUGUCCAUGAACACGGCAGGAGGAAAACGCAAUAUAUUUGAUAAACUUGGACAAAACUGCUGAUGAAGAGCAGGAAGGAAACGCAAUUUGAUAUAGAAGAAUGGCUGCACCCGAUCUCCUGGAUCCCAAAUCAGCCACGCACAACACCAAGCCACGCCUGUCCUUCUCCACCAAGCCUAUCGUUUUUAACUCGAGCGACGACUGCGAUACUCUGGUCUCGGUCAUGAAAUGGAAGACUGUGUCAGCCAUCUUCCUCCUGGUGGUGCUCUACCUGAUCGUUGGCGCCACAGUCUUCCGGGCCCUGGAGAAGCCCUAUGAGAGCUCCCAGAAGUACGCCAUCUUGAAGGAGAAGCUGGAGUUCCUGGCACGCCACUCCUGUGUCAACUCCUCAGAGCUGGAAGACCUUGUGAAGCAAGUGGUGUCAGCGAUGAGAGCCGGCGUCAACCCGUCGGGCACUCCCUCCAACGAGAGCAGCCUGUGGGACCUGGGCAGCUCCUUCUUCUUCGCCGGAACCGUCAUCACCACCAUCGGUUUUGGGAAUAUCUCACCUCACACAGAAGGAGGAAGGAUCUUCUGCAUCAUCUACGCCUUGCUGGGAAUCCCGCUCUUUGGCUUCCUGUUGGCUGGAGUAGGAGACCAGCUGGGCACCAUCUUUGGGAAGGGCAUCGCCAAAGUCGAGAAGAUGUUUGUGAAGUGGAAUGUUAGCCAAACCAAAAUCCGAGUGAUCUCCACAGUCCUGUUCAUCCUGUUUGGGUGUCUGUUGUUCGUGGCCCUCCCUGCGGUCAUCUUCAAACACAUCGAGGGCUGGAGCGCGCUGGAGUCACUUUACUUUGUGGUCAUCACCCUGACCACUAUCGGAUUUGGGGACUUUGUGGCAGGUGGGUCAGAAAUUGAGUAUCAAGACUUUUAUAAACCUGCAGUAUGGUUCUGGAUCCUGGUUGGUCUCGCCUACUUUGCGGCGGUACUGAGCAUGAUAGGGGACUGGUUCAGGGUCAUUUCAAAGAAAACAAAAGAGGAGGUCGGCGAGUUCCGCGCGCAUGCGGCCGAGUGGACAGCUAACGUCUCAGCGGAGUUCAAGGAGACGCGACGGCGCCUCAGCGUGGAGGUCUACGACAAGUUCCAGCGGGCGGCGUCGAUCAAGCGCAAGCUGUCGUCCGAGCUGGGCCUCAACCCUGCGCAGGAAAUGACCCCGGGCAAGCGCACCCUGUCAGUCAACUUCAUCGAUGAGCGGGACAGGGACCCAUCCUUGCCACCCCUCACCAAAAACAGCAGCCUGUACUUGAAUGGCCUCAGCUCCAACUGCCCGGAGCGAGGUGAGAUAGCCAUCAUCGAACACCUCAAAUGAGGCCUGGCUCUGAACAAUCUGAUGCCUAUGCCACGGACAGUGCCACCUGUUUUAGACUGUACCAACAGCCUGCUGUGGCAAGGUGGAUUAUGUCACCAAGCACCAUCAACACCUGUGUGUGUGUGUGUGUAUGUGUGUGAGAGAGACUGUGAUUGGAAGCAGAUUCAAUCCAAACAACACUUUCAUCACUGUUGGUUGGCAUACUUUCUAGGACAUGAAUGGGUCUGCCAUUAUCAAUGUAUCUGAACACUGAUGGGUCACUUUAUGCCUUGUACCAGCCAAAUGGUCUGUCUGUAUUUGAUUGGUGUGGAAAUGCCUGUGAAGUACUUGUUCUUUCACGAGAAAGCAAAACCAGUCUCUUUUUUAUUUUUCCUCUUUUUUGUAAACUAAGGAAUCAUACUUGUGCCUUAAGUGUUUUUAAGAGUCAUUUCUUUCCCAAAAUUAGUGCAUGCCAAAUGAAAAUUCCAAAAAGUCCUACAUCUUUUUUUCUCUCCAUGACUUAUUUGAAGAGUUUCCUACAGUCAAAAGUUCAGUGCAGUUCUCACAUGAGUUAAAAUGUUCAAAUAUGCAUUGGUUACUCAGAAACGACAGAACAGGCAGCAAACCACUUUCUCCUGUUCUGCUUGUUUCUGCUCUGACCCACUGGCCUGCAUGGACCUGCAGGAGCGGAGACUCAGUGGGCUUUUAUGGAUUUUUAUGUUUCGCCUUCGCAGCAUAUUGUCAGCACAUUGAGGUGAUCACAACUUGCAGAGCUGUAAACCAUGGGCCAUCCAGCAAGAUUUUAAAGUAGGCGUCUUCUUUUUUUAACUCUGCUGGCAACAGAAUCAAGAAUUGAUCUGAUCUCAGAGGUUUAAUUUUUAUUUUUGUGGAUAUGUUUUUUUUCACUUUUUGCAGCAUGGCUCAAAACUGUAGGUUACAGAGUGGAAGGUGUGAGACACUGUCCAUAGCAAUACACAGUACCACAUUUUUUCUGCAAAUGCCAAAUGUUUAUCACCCUGAAGCAAUGUGGCUGCCUUUGCAUAAUGUGUUCAAAUGUUUUAGGUUCAAUGCAGUAUACAGCACAUACCGCAUUCGUUAUUGCCAAAAAUGUCUGAAAUAAUUGAUCUGGUUUGAUAUUCAACUUCCGCACAGCUGACUGUCUUUGGUCAGACAGGAUGAGGGAAAACUGCUGGGUGGUUUGCCUUUUUUUUGUCAUUUCUUGAAUUAAUGUGGGGAAAUGGCUCCUUUUAAGUCACAGCUUGUCAGACUGUUCAAUGGAUGAUUUAUUUUUUAAUCAUAUAGCACAUCUAUUUUUUCAUACUGACGCUAUCACAAACAGGACCAUUUUUUAAUCGAAAACUGUUGGGGAAUAUUGUUCAAGAGGCUUUUGACUUUAGUUGUAAUGUAACUUGCAGUGAGAGGCACAGAGAGGAAUGACUUGAAUGUUACUUGAAUAAAACGUAGUUAUAUGUAUAAGGACAAUGGGGUGUAUUUUGAGUGAGGUGUCAUGGUGUUAACAUGCCAGAACCAUACAGUAUGUGGGUACCAGAUAUCCCUUCUAGCCAGUUCUACUAACCCCAAAAUGAAGGAAAGGGAAUGAUAGAUUGAGUCAGCUGUAGCUGGUUGCUCAAGGGAUACUGACACCAAUUUAUAUUUAUAUUUUUUUUAUCAGUGUGUUUCUUUCCCUUGGUAUAAAACUCCUGAUUGUUGCAUACUUAGCAUGCUAGAUUCCAGGUCUAUCACGCUCACUGGGUCGCAAAACCUACCUUGCACCUUGCUGUACCAAUUGAGUCGGAGGAACGUGGAGGCAGUUUUGGCAUGUUAGCAUAAUGUUACCUCUCUCAGCUAAACCUGUUGAGUUGAUUAUCAAGAUGAUUCAACAGAGAGAAGUAAUCUUGACAACACAACCCAAUCCAUAUGACUGACUGACUGUGUGAAAGAAGACGAAAACAAUAAACAGUACACACACCUGCCAUUCAAAAAUGCACUUUUAUUUAACAGCCUUUUAGUUACAAAAAUGCUAUUGUGUACACUGAUGAUAUAUGUCACCAUGAAUGAUUUUGUAUUUACGUUAUGUAAAGAUAUUGCAUCUCCAUCCUUAUCUGCAAUGUUGCCACACACAUAGCACAUAAUAUUAAUGGUCCUAUGCCCUACUGAUAGCAUCCCUCAUUUUAUGAAGGAAACUUCCUCGAAAGAAGAAAAAGACAUGACGUAUUGACAUGACAUGAAGUAUUUGAUUAAAGAAACAGUAUUAACAAUCAUGUAUUAAACAUGAAUGAGAUUGAGAUGAAAAGGUAAAAAACAUUAGAAUAAUAAGUAAAGCAAAUUUGAUGAUGAUUUUGGA